AUGUCAAUGUCAAGAGUUUACCUCUGCCUAAUCUUUCUCACCUUCCUUACUUCCCCACCUGUGCUCUGCUCUCGCAGCCCAAGACUCGCAGCACCAUCAGCCGCGAUAGGCAAGAAGCUCGAGAAAGCGCAUGUUCAUCCUCCGGCGAUGCUAGUUUCUGAAUCCACCAAGGUCGAUUCACCAUCCUCCAUGACCAAGAUUGAUGAUGAGCCUGCAACAAGCUCUGCGAUUGCCGGUUUCUUCAGGUAUAGAUUCCCGUUCCAAGGCUGGCCUUUCCACAAGUAUGCUCCUUUCCCAAUGGUUAACCCUGCGAAUCCUUCUGUGCCUACUACAACACCUGCUACUGGAGCUGAGGAAGAGGAAUCUGAGAAGGUGCCUUCAACGCCAAGCAAAGGAAACGGAGAUGGAGGCAACGCUUGA